AUGGCUACCUUCAAAGCUCUCAACCUCGAAUCCGAUGAUGAAGAAGACAUCGAGAUUGACGACACCAAAGAAAUCCAGAUCGAAGAAGCUCUGAAGCUAUACCAGACCGCCUUGAAGUUUCACUCGGAUGGCCCGCCUUCGUACGCUCAAGCUGCCGAAGCUUAUCGUGCCCUCUUCGAAUCAGACAUCUUCAAAUAUCCAGAGUCGCAGCAAGAGCUGAAGCGCCUCGAGCUUUACGGUCCACAACCAGAAACCGACGACUAUUAUACCCAUCAUGAAGAACACGUUGUACCAACUGGAGAGAACGCGCCAAGCACUUUACCCCAAAUUAUCCACCUCGCAUACAAGAAUCAUGGCCAAUUCCUUCUGGAGUCUUUGCAGUACGAGCUGCUCCAUGCGACGGACGAUGUACAAGUCAACACAAAGCACAUUCUCAAAGCGUCGGCUGCUGCCCUGGAGUGUUUCGUCGAGGCCAUAGACAAGGAUGACAGCGAUCUGGAUCUGUGGAGACGUUCCGCUGCCGUCGGACAGAUGCUCGGUAGUCAUCGCAUCGCUCGCUUCUGCCUGGAAGCUGUUCUGGACGAUGAUGCCCAAGGCCUGGACUCUGUUCUGUCCAUCCCUGGCAUCUCCGAGACUCUUGCUGGGCAGCAGCUGCGGGAACUUGUGGUCAAGCUCCAGGAUGAGCUCUCCGUCUUGCAAGCACCGCUGUCUACCAUGAGACGUCGCCAACUGUCUAGUAUGCUGAAGCAAAAGUUGGCCAACUACUCCAUUAUCCACAAGUACCAGAAUGAUCAUCCUGUAUCAGCUAGUGCCUCGGGUCGGGCUCUUCGUUGCGUCCUUAGUGCUCCAGGCUCCUGGCAUGAUCUAGGCGACAUCCUCUUGCGCCAUUACCUUGCUGAGCAGGCCAGCACCACCUCAGCCUUGCCCGGGCUCGGUAUUUCUUUCAAUCUUGACCGACUAUCUCCAGACGUCGAGAUCAUCGAGAUUGAUCAGCCAUCGCCUCGUCAAUUAUCCGUACAGCCGACACAAUUAUCCCCCCUCGUUGGCGCUCAAUUUACUGGUAUUGGUGGAGACCAGCCGAUUGUUCGUCCACCUGCCUUCGAGGAAGCCAAGAACACGGACACCGCCGCGUCUGCUCCACCGGUGACUGUGCUCCCGACUCGCAAACGCUCAAGCGAUGCUGCUGGUCUUAUAGACAGUAACUCUGCCGAAGGCGCUCGAGUGAAGAGUAAACGCCUGCGCGCAAGAGAGUCUAUUGUUGACCAAAGCCAGCUAGAUGAUGACACCGUAAUCGAUUCUGCCCAAGCUGAUGAUGCCUUGGCUGACCUGGACUAUGUCGACAAUCAACUGUUCGAAUCCCUAGACGAGCUUUUCGAGAAGGUCGAUCUACCCAAAUUUGGCGUGUCUCCCAACGCGCGUAAGGAUUUGCGUGAUGCUUCAAGCAGCGAGAACCUUCAACUCGAAGGCACAGAUCUGGCGUGUGUUGACAUGUACACCUUUCUCAACCAGUACUCAGACGAACGAGGCCGUGUGUUACUGAACGCUAACAGCGAUCUUGACACAACAUCCAAUGCUCAUGUGAAGCCAAGUGGCAGGUUUUCUACCACUCCCAGCGCUCAAUCUCGCAAUACUGUCAGACCGGAUCUGGAUCUUCGUGGCGAGCUUGAUCACUUCAUAUUUGAGACCAACUCAGACUUUCUACACGUGAAUGAUGUACUUUACGAGUGGGUGAUCCAUUUCCUGGGUCCCGAGCACGGCACCAUGGUCCGUCCUGAGUUGUCAACCGGCACUUCCAGCUACAUUGGCCACGGCUGGCCACAAGAGUUCAAGGCUCUCUUGGUUCGAGUGAUAAUCACAACCGACGCAUUCAUCUUCGAAACACUGGCUAACUUCGUUCUGAAGUGGGAUAAGUUCCUGCUCUCAGACUCGGUAGUCGAACAGCCGGAAAAGGCUCUUCCUUCCAUUGAAAUCAUCCAGACAUUAUUCGAGUUGCACGUGGACGUCUACUCUUUGGUCAAGGAACCCAACAGUGGCGUUGAUGCCGACACUCUACAGCUUCAAGAAGAUCGUGCCGAGCGCUGGGGUAAUCUCGCUCGAGAUGCCAUGAAUCUGCGCUCGAGCAUCCUCUCAGAGCCUAGCUUGAAGGAUCAUCUCAACUUACGGUACUUGUGGACGGUCACACAUCAGAUUAGUGUCUCAGACAACAUAUCACAAGACCAUGUAAUUGCUUGUUGGUCUGAACUGAGGUCGAUCUUCAAAGUCGUUGGCGGUGUUAUUAUUGACCUUCCCAACAACUCAGUCAUGCCGCAGAUGUCAAUCGAAGCUAUCGACAGAGAGUUGUCCAGGCUGACUACGCAAGACUUCUUUACCAGGGUAUUCGACCCCACUCAGAAUGACCCAACUGUGGUGAUAGAGGGUCUUGAGCCGCUCCUUGAGAGCCUACAUCAGGAGACAGAUCAGGGCAAAACAUCCGUACUCAGUAGAGAAAGUGGAUCGGCUCACUCUGCUUCAACGCCGUCUGAGCUAUUGAACUUCCUGCAAAACAGUAACAUCGGUAUGCAAAUCUCACUCUGGCAGAGACUCCGUGAGGCCUAUGAAAACAUCGACUAUCAACCCAUGGUCGUCUGUUGCUACUUCCGCAUUAUUGAACUGCUGCUCUCGGAUCUCAAAUCGACUUCAUACUCCGAAAAGUCUUUGACUGAACGGCAGACAGUGUUGCUCAAGUACAUGCGAUUGGUCAAUGAUCUGAUCAGCAAAAUCAGCACUUCGAUCUCUUCCAACGCUGACGCUCUCGACUGUAUGGACGACACCCGACUCCAAAGUGCGAUCGGUUGUCUGAUUGAGCUGGAAAAGAUAUUGCAUGCAGCCACGAUGCUCCAAGAUGAGAUCAAGGUUGGGGCCAGGCACGCUCCCACCAAUAACAGUGCUGCUCCUUCCAAGUCCUUCACCGCUGUCAGCAAAGUCCUCCAAGAGUCGCAAUUGCACUCAUGGACUCUGAUGUACAAGCUUUAUCGGGAGUCCUUGGCUCAGAACAAGGACAAGGUUGAGAAGCCUAACGAGUCAUUGUUUGAGUUCUUGAGAGCUGUCCAUCAAGUAUUGGGAGCUCGAAGCAUAUGUGGUGUAUCAGAGCGUGUGUUCCUCAAGCUCGCCAAGAUCGAAGUCCUUCGCUUCCGAACCGAGGCUGAAGACCAGAACGAUGACUUUGACCUCGAGUUCGCUCAGAUCUUGUACGACAUGUUUGGUCUCAAAUGUUUCCUCAACCCAAGCUAUGCGCUCAGGGAGCACAACUGUAUUCAUGAUGCUUUUGUUGACAAGACAUCUGGCAUGCAAGCUGUUGAUCUACUGUUGAAUCUGGUCUCAAGAAUCAAGAUGGCCGAUCUACCAAAACAUCCUCUCAGAGACACUAUCGAAAAAGUGCAUGGCAUCAUCGGACGCAAGAAGCCAUCAGAAGCAAUUCUUCGCAACCGCGAUGUUUACCGAACCUUCCUCAAAUCACACAUCAAUCCUGUCGAUUUAUACAAAUGCUUGAGAGGAGAGGGUGAACUUGCUCUAGCGCCAGUCCCUGCUGAACAUGCUCUGUUAGCUGCCAAAGGCUGGUACUUCCUCAUGGGGUACAUCUCGUUGAGUAAGUUCAAGGCUCAGAAGCGCAUCGGUCCCACUGCUACCGAGGAUCUUAACAUCGCCGUAGCCUUCUUCAUGCAAGCUUUGGAAUUCAGUAUGGAUGAUUGGGAGUUAUGGUUUCGUCUGGCCCAAGCCUAUGAUUCCAAAAUUGAAGAAGCCGUAUCAUGGACUGCAGAGAAAUUGAACGGCGACAUGACUGAACUCGUGGCAUGGCAGCGUGCAGCUAUACACUGCUAUACUAUGGCCGUGGCUUUGGCAAUGCGCUUUGCUGAACCAAGCGAAGACACUCAAGCUAAAUUCGGAGAGAUGUUUGCUGAUUUCGCUAUGAGGAUAUACUCUUCAUCCAGGGAGCCAUUCGGCAUGAAGGCGUUUGCUGUCGAGGAUAUAGAACGAUUCCUUAGCAGAGCGACCAUUAUGAAGGUUCCGCCUUUCAAAGCCUUGACUCCCUUUGCCGCCUUCAAGGUCGCCAGAGAGCUCUUCCGUCGUGCUAUCCGCAUUAACCCCAAAAAAUGGAAGCUGCACUUCUAUCUCGGAAAAUGUCUCUGGAAGAUGUACUGCAACACCCCCAAGCCAAGCGAUGCACCGAACAUAGAUGCCAUCAUCAAUGAGUUUUGCGAAUCUAUCAAUCUUUUACCUCGGAAGAAGGAUUCUAAACGUGAGCCCAUUCUCGAACCGCACUACAAGCUUGUCUCUGUAGUACACAAGAUGGUGACUCGACGUUGCAUUGACGCUGCCGAAGGCUGCAGCAUUCUGAUCGCUACUCCCUACGCUGCAAAGAUCGAUCCCGUUUCGGAACAAGAUGCGUGGGAAGCGUACAUCCUCAAGGUACUCAGAAGCUUGCGAACUGCAGAUAAGGUGCACUGGCACCAUCGAAUGAUCUACAGAACGGCUGCUAUUCUAUAUCACGAUGGUAACACACAGUCAGACUGUCUGGCCGCGAAGCAGGAGCUUAUGCAGCAAAUGUUUACAAAAACCAUGAUGAUGAAUGUCUGGAAGCCAGAGAACGAGCGUCCUGGACGUCACUUUGUAUACACAACCAAAUACGCCGACCUGUUCAUCAAGAUUCUUGAAUACCUGGAAGAUCGUCCUCUCCUCGAUGCUCUCGGUCGUAGGGUGCGAAAGAAGACUGGAGAGUUCUUUGAGCACGGAAACUUGUGGCAGUUUCUUUGUACCGCUUAUCUCAAGGUCCUCCGUCGUCAUGGUCACAUUCCGAUCGCUCAAGAGACGGCUAUCUUCAGCGGUAUCAAUCAUGAAGACUUCCUUCGUCGCAAGGAAUACUUGGAGAACUGGUGCCAAAAUCCUGCGAAUAUCAGUCAUCCCGUACUGGAGACUAUGCAAGAGGUCAUUGAAAUCAAGAAGAUCAACGGUGGCUUGAUGAAGGCGGCAGCCAUUGAUGACCUUAUUGGAGAUGCAUACGCAUACCUCUAUGACACCGUCGGAAGGAGGCUUUGGGUAACAGAAGAAGCCAAGGAUGAGGCUAUAAAGCAGGAAGAACUCACGAAGGAGCAGGCGGCGACGACCCCUGCCAUGCCGGAGCGCAACCCUAUGAUGAACUUGUCAAAUCUGAUGAAUGUCGACGGGACGCAGGAGUUGUUGAUGAAGGUCCCUAGCGUGUCACUUUUCAACAACGCGCCGGAAGGCACGACUACACCACCCAAUGGUGAAGCACCAGCUCUUUCACGACGUAAGAUUGGUGUCGGAAGACGAGAAGUCCGCCUUUGUGCAGACGCC